AUGUCUUCUAUCUUCUCUUGUUUCUUAUUUCAUCCUGUUUUGUCCGCGUUCCUAUGUUAUUUCGUGCCAGCCAAGACCGUUGCACAGCAUUCCCAGUCAACACACAGCAACAAAGGCACUGUCGUAGAUCCCUAUACGUGUGUGGACCUUCUUGGUCCAGUUUUUUGGCAAAGAUCGAAAGAUAUUGUUACCACAGAAUCCUUUAGUUGCAACGAACAUGACCUGGAGCACCAGCCAAGCUUAGAGUUACGUGAAGAUAUUGCCAUUCAACUUCUAUUGAAGGAUGCAGACAUCCUUUACCUCAGAGAGGAAAAAUCUUCAAACAGUGACUUAGCAGACCUUCCAAGGAAAAUACAAUUGAUCCCGACAUCUGAAUCUGCAUUCAGCGAGAAGAUCAAAAGGACAGAUGAUCAUCACCUUAGAGGUCUCCUUGCUCUCAACCAUGCAAACCUCGUAGCCAUAUGGAAAAUAGACAAUUUGGAUUCACAUUUCCCAAUAGCAGAAAUCAUUACCAAAGAGGCUCCUUUCGGUGAUUUAAAGAGUUACGUUCUUGAAAAUCGAUGUCAAAUUGUUGAUAUAGUAACGUUCCUGUCUCAAGUGGCAUCUGCUAUGCAUUAUCUCCAUGUAAAGAACAUUAUACAUGGAGACCUACGAGCCACGUAUGUUAAUGUCGUUACGCACAACAAG